GCGAUAUUCUGAAGCGAGCGCCAAAACGUGGCCAAAACACAACACAAAAUGCGUGGCUUUUGCAGCACAUGAUGUAUUUUCUGAUUUUUGUGUAAUAAUUGCUCUGGCUCUCUUUGGGUAAAUCACCAAGGAUAUCUAAGCUUUCAGACGAAAACGACGAAAGGUAAUUUUAUUUGACUAGUUUUCACGAUUGCUAAGUCAAAGUGACAUUAGACUGGGACUCCGUGGUAUCGUCAAGUAAACAUCUGAGUGUCAUCUCUAGCAGUCACCAUGUUCGUGAAGGUACGGACGAUGGAUGGCAAGUCAUCGGCCACCGUUGUCAUCUCCAAGUUGACAACAGUGCAGGAGUUCCGGCAGCUGGUGCGGGAAGAGCUGGAUGUUCCUCCCGAGAGCCAGCGCCUAUUUUUCAGAGGAAAACAAAUGGAGGAUGGCCAUACCAUGUUUGAAUAUGAUGUCAAUGUCAAUGAUGUCAUUCAGCUGAUGGUUCGACAGUUGGCACCACCAGAGUCGCCAAAAUGUGCUGUCAAAUUGGAGCAAGAUGAAAAUGAUCUCAAUAAGGCAAAUACAAGCGCGAGUGACCGCAAAGCCACUGAAAAUGGCGAUGCUCUAUCAUCGCCCCAAUGGACGAAAAAGGAGACGGACGACGCGGCCGCGGACUGGGAGCCGAUCACCGAGGACGACAUGUACCGGGAGGGGGACUGUUGUGACGCCCGCGACCCCAGCUCGGGCGCCUGGUUCGAGGCCGUGGUGAAGGGGCUGCGCGCUCAGAAGACUCCAACACCGGACGGCGGCCCGCCCCGCCACCAGUACGCCGUUCAGUUCGAGGGGUACGAGGACGAGAGUGAGCCCAUCUGGCUGAACCCAGCCGACCUGCGGGAGCGCGCCUCGGUGACACUGCCCUUCUCGUCACUGGUCGACGGUAUGGAGGUGCUGGUCAACUACAACGUGGACGAGCCGGACGAGCGGGGGUUCUGGUUUGACGCCAUAGUGACGGGCAAACAGGCGCGCGGCAGAAGGCGACGGCUAGAGGUGACGGCCCUGCUGGGCGCGGACCGAGUGCCCGUCGCCGGCUGCCUGGUGAAGUUCGUGGACGAGGUGAUGGAGCGGGGGAUGCAGCGUAGUAGGAAGGAAAGGCGAGACUCUGCCGCUGCCGACAAUGGCACCGACACAGCAGCGAAACGUGAGGUGGGCCCGACCUGUAAGAUCUGCCGCGAUCGGCCGGACCGCGACUGUCGGGUCUGCGGCUGCCACGUCUGCCACAGCAAGUCGCAGCCGGAGAAGCAGAUAAUGUGCGACGAAUGCGACAUGCCCUACCACAUCUCGUGCCUGACGCCGCCCCUGGAGGCCAUACCCGAGGAGGGCGACUGGUACUGCCCCGAGUGUAAGACGGACACCAGUGAGGUGGUUCUCGCCGGACAGAAACUCAAGGCCAGCAAACGCAAGUCGCGCAUGGCCUCCGUGGUGAACAAAGCCACCAAGCGCGACUGGGGCAAGGGCAUGGCCACUGCUGGCCGUCAGAAGCAGUGCACCAUCGUGCCGACCAACCACAUGGGUCCUGUGCCCGGCGUGGAGGUGGGCAUGCGCUGGCAGUACCGUAUCCAGGCCUCGGAGGCGGGUGUGCACCGGCCGCACGUGGCCGGGAUCGCCGGCAGGGAGAAGGAGGGCGCCUUCAGUAUCGUGCUCUCUGGGGGGUAUGAGGAUGAUGUGGAUAAAGGCGAGGAGUUCUUCUACACAGGGUCGGGCGGGCGGGACCUCUCCGGUAACAAGCGAACGGCCGGACAGAGCUGUGACCAACAGCUAACCAGGAUGAACAAAGCGCUGGCUCUCAACUGUAACGCCAAGAUUAACUCGAAGACGGGCGCUGAGGCGGAGGACUGGCGCGGCGGCCGACCGGUACGGGUGAUCCGCUCGUACAAACUGGGCAAACACUCCAAAUACGCGCCCAAUGAGGGACUCAGGUACGACGGUGUGUACAAGAUCGUCAAGUACUGGCCGGAGAAGGGUCAGAGCGGCUUUCUGGUGUGGCGCUACCUGCUGCGCCGAGACGACCCGACCCCGGCGCCGUGGACGCCCGACGGGCGGCGGCGCAUCCUGGAGCUCGGCAUCCAGGAUAUGGUGCGCGUGGAGGGCGCCACCAGUUCUGCGGCCGCCACCGACUCAGGCUCAGACGGUGACCGUGCCGAGGACGGCCCGCCGACCAAACGCUCCCGACCGGCCGCCUACAGCCCGGAGCCGGCCAUAGCCGCCCUCAUCGAGGCCGACGAGCAGAAUCGGCACCUCUGGGACGAGUGUCGACGCACGCUGGCCGACGGGAAACUGAAAUUCCUGGACGCAGUGACGGAGACCUUCAUGUGUAUCUGCUGCCAGGAGCUGGUCUGCACCCCAGUCACCCUGCCCUGCCGCCAUAACGUGUGCCAGCCCUGCGUUCGCCGCUCGUUCAAAGCCGAGGUCUACUCGUGCCCCGCCUGCCGACACGAUCUCGGCAAGAGUUUCUCGCUGAAGGCCAAUGGCGAUCUGUUCGCGGCGCUGAAGGCGCUCUUCCCCGGCUACCAGCAGGGCCGGUAGGCUCACCUAGCGGGGCGGUGGCCGGGGUGGGGAGCCCCAGCUGUCCUCCGAGCCCGCCGCCCAGAGCCGUCACUGCCAGCGCUGGCCGUCACCGCACCAUUCCGUCUAUUGGCAGACUCAGCCGGCCUCACAGCGUACCCUGCCCGAAAUGUUUUUACAGCGCUUACUGAAUGCAUUGCAAGUGAAUAUCUGAUUCCAAUAAAAAAUGUACAAAAGCCA